UCAACAUUUGUCAGGAUGGUCAUUUUGCAAGGUGUGUUAGUUUUGAUCGUGGCUUUUGAUCUGAAGAAUGCAUGGGGAAGUUUGAUACACAGUCAAAGUCCACACAGCAUGAAGCCACAGUCAGAUCCAGCUUCCAGAGGUCCUGGUUUUUCUUCUCAAGCAUUCUUGAACCCUUUGCAAAAGGCUUCUCAGUUUCAGAGUCUGGACUCCAGAGGAUUUGUGCAAGAGCCUCUUGGUUUUCAGGAGAAGCAGCUGUUGCAGGGUCCAAUCAAGCCUUUGGACUGGAGGUUUCCCAUUGUUCCAGAGGUGCAAAGCGAGUUGGUGGUGGAUUUCCAGUUGAGGCAACCUGUGACUCCCAGUAGUGUGGCUGUUCAAUACGUUGAGAACAGGAUUCUUGUGGAGGUAAAGAAGGAUUUGUUUAGCAAUGGUCAACUGAUCCAGCCAUCUCGUUUGUCUAUGGGAGGCUGCCCUGUUUUCGGUGAGGACUCUGCCUCUAGGGUGCUCCUCUUUGAAUAUGAACUACAGGACUGCAAUAGUGUGCUGAUGAUGACUGAGGAUGCGCUUGUCUACACUUUUACUCUUACCUACACUCCUGAGGCGUUUGCUGGAACUCAGAUUUCACAACAUUAUGGAGUUCUGUCGCUUAUCAGGUGCCUUGUGGAUGCUACGGCUUCCAGCUCCCGCUUCAUGCCUCGAACCCAGGAAGACCAGAUCCGGUUCCAGCUGGAGGCCUUCAUGUUCCAGGGAGGACACAGUCCUUCUAUCUACAUAACGUGUAUUGUGAAGGCCACUCUUGCUUCUGCACCCAGUGAUGCUCUCCGCAAAUCCUGUUCCUUUUCCAACGGGUGGCUUGCUGCUGAUGGGAACCACCAGGCUUGUGGUUGCUGUGACUCCACUUGUGGUCCUGAUGGUGGAAAUGCUGCUCCUUUUGGGGGCAUUCAGUGGGAAGGCAAGGCCUCACUCGGUCCUGUAAUGGUUCAAGAGCGACUGAAGACUUUCGAUGGUUUUCAGUAAACGGAAAAACCUAUAGCUGGUUUUCAAUAAAUGGAGAAAUGUA